AUGGACUACACAAUGGAGGAUACCCAGAACGCCGCCCCCGAUAUGCUGGAGACGUCCAAGUUAAACUCGGGCGCUCAGAAGAAUGACAGUCAGAGCGUCACCAAACGCCUUCAAGCUGAGCUGAUGCAACUUAUGCUCUCUCCUUCCCCUGGUAUCUCCGCCUUCCCAGACGCAGACGGCAACCUUCUUUCCUGGACUGCCACCAUCUCCGGACCGACCGAAACGCCAUAUGAAGGACUAAAAUUCAAGCUGUCGUUUGUUUUCCCGAACAACUAUCCUUAUGCUCCGCCCACUGUCCUCUUCAAGACGCCUAUCUACCACCCUAAUGUCGACUUCUCCGGUCGCAUCUGCCUGGAUAUCCUGAAAGACAAGUGGAGCGCCGUGUACAAUGUUCAGAGUGUGCUUCUCAGUCUGCAGAGCUUGCUCGGGGAGCCAAACAACGCGAGUCCUUUGAAUGCUCAAGCAGCUGAUCUGUGGAGCGCAGACCACGAGGAAUACAAGCGCCACGUCCUCGCGAGGCAUCGCGACGUUGACGAUAUUGAAUAA